GAACCCAGCCAAGCAGAGCCCAACAGGAAAGUAGUAGUAAUAAUCUGCUGUCGAAGGCCGGAAAGCCACUUGACAUAAAAAAUGUCAGCUUCAGCUUCUGCUCCAUUCCACUCUCUAAUCUCAUUGUGCUUUUACCUAAGAGGGUAAUAAAAUGAGAAGAGACACCUAUAUUUCUCCAAACCCAGAUCCCAACGUGUCUACAACAACCUAACUAAAAGCAAAAAAAAAAAAAAAAAAAAAAAGAAAAGGUACAGUUCUAAACAUAGUACUUAAGAUUUUUAUUACGUUCUCUUUGUUAUUCAUGUUAGAUAGUUAUCUUCGUUCUGUUCGCGUCUUUUCUUUCUGAACUCAAACUUUCUUUAUCAGUUAAGCUGUAUGUAACAAGAAAAUCCAUUGAAAAGAAACAUGGCCACUGGGAAGUAUUCCAUAGUUGAUGGGAGGAAGUCUUCAAGUUACUGUUCAACUGCUACUGUAGUUGUGUUUGUUGCUUUUUGCUUAGUUGGGAUUUGGAUGUUCAUGUCCUCAUCGGUUGUUCCAGUUCAGGAUUCGGAAUUGUCAUCUCAGGAGACCAGAAAUGAGGUGAAACAAAAAGUGCCAAAAGGUGUUUCUACGGGAUUUGAUGAUACCUCAGGUGAUCUGCUUGAGGAUGCAACGAAAGAAGAUGACACUGGUAGGCCUAGUAAAGAAUCUGGAAGGACUCAUGAAGAUAAUUCCACUGAGAACUUAAUGGUCAAGAGUAACAAGGAAUCUCAGAAUUUGGCUAAGGAAAACCAGGAAGAAAAUGAGAGUUCUGAUGACAAAAGUGAGUCAGAAAGUGAACAAAAAAAAGUGGAUGAAGAUGAGGGGAAUGUAAAUGGGGAAAUGAAUAAAAAUGUGCUGGCAGAAUCAGAGGAGAGCUCACGUCAAAACAGAUCUGAGUCAACUGAGGGCAAGAAGAACUAUGAGGAAGAAGCAAGUGCAUAUCAAAUAAAACAUGUCGACAAGGAGUCUAUUUUGACUGAGGAGAAGAAUGAAAAAAACAAAGACAAGAGUUCGGAACAAAGUGCUGUCAAGAAUAUUGUGGAAAGUGAGGAAACCGAUCAAGUUUCAAAUGAGAUUCUCCCUUCUGGUUCUCAGUCAGAAAUUUUGACUGAGUCUACUACUCAGAAUGGAGCUUGGUUAACCCAAGCAGUAGAAUCACAGAAUGAGAAGAAAACACAACAAUCUUCAAUAUCCAGUGAAAAAAAUGGUCACCAUUGGAAACUCUGUAAGUCGACUGCUGGGCCAGACUACAUACCUUGCCUAGAUAAUUGGCAAGUUAUCAGAAAGCUUCCAAGCACAAAGCACUAUGAACAUCGAGAGAGGCACUGUCCUGAUGAAGCUCCUACAUGUCUUGUCCCUCGACCUGAAGGAUAUAAGCGCCCAAUAAAGUGGCAUAAAAGCAGGAAUAAAAUAUGGUACUACAAUGUCCCUCACACCAAGCUUGCAGAGGUUAAGGGGCACCAAAAUUGGGUUAAAGUAACUGGUGAAUACCUUACCUUUCCUGGUGGUGGAACUCAGUUUAUUAAUGGUGCUCUUCAUUACAUUGAUUUUAUUCAAGAUUCAGUUCCUGAAAUUGCAUGGGGAAAAAGAACUCGUGUAAUACUGGAUGUUGGGUGUGGGGUAGCUAGCUUUGGAGGCUAUCUUUUUGAAAGAGAUGUCCUUGCAAUGUCAUUUGCUCCUAAGGAUGAGCAUGAAGCGCAAGUACAGUUUGCACUUGAACGGGGAAUUCCUGCCAUUUUAUCUGUGAUGGGCACCAAAAGGCUACCUUUUCCUAGUUCUGUCUUUGAUCUUGUGCACUGUGCACGUUGCAGGGUCCCUUGGCACAUUGAAGGUGGCAAACUUCUGUUAGAGCUCAAUCGUGUUCUGCGACCUGGUGGUUACUUUGUUUGGUCUGCUACUCCAGUUUACCGGAAGCUCCCUGAAGAUGUUGGCAUUUGGCAAGAGAUGUCUCGGCUUACAAAUUCAAUGUGCUGGGAUUUGGUGGUCAUUAAAAAUGACACUCUGAAUGCUGUCGGAGCUGCAAUAUAUCGAAAGCCAACUUCCAAUGAGUGCUACAAUAAAAGAUCUAGAAAUGUACCUCCACUUUGUGAAGAAUAUGAUGAUCCUAACGCGGCCUGGAAUGUACCACUUGAGGCAUGCAUGCACAAAGUGCCAGUAGAUUCAACAGAGCGUGGAUCCCUUUGGCCUGUACAAUGGCCAGAACGGUCAGAACAACCUCCAUAUUGGUUGAAUUCUCAGGUUGGCGUUUAUGGUAAAGCUGCUCAGGAGGAUUUCACUGCAGACUACAAUCACUGGAAAACAGUUGUCUCCCAGUCUUAUUUGAAUGGGAUGGGAAUCGACUGGUCUUCUGUGAGAAAUGUCAUGGAUAUGAAGGCUGUUUAUGGAGGGUUUGCUGCAGCCCUGAAAGACUUGAAAGUGUGGGUUAUGAAUGUAGUUCCAAUCGACUCUCCUGAUACACUUCCAGUAAUCUAUGAACGUGGCUUGUUUGGAAUAUAUCAUGAUUGGUGUGAAUCAUUUAACACAUACCCGAGAACAUACGAUUUUCUUCAUGCUGAUCAUCUCUUCUCUACUAUCAAAAAGAGGUUUUCUAUCUUCCAUGCUAUAUUACUUGCAGAUGUCAUUCUCCAACAAGAUUACAUACCUUAUCUUUGCGUUCGCAAGACAUUUUGGCGUCCCACCGAGGAAGAACCUAUAAAGUCUGCCAUUGUUUGAGCUUGAUGCAUAGGAGUUUACCGCACUUGCCAUAUAAUAUUACAUAUUCUUUUUGUUCCACAAGCGUGUCAUAGUUUACCACAGACCUAGUCAUCCAUUGGCAGAUGUAAAAUUAUAUAGUUUAUUAUAUUAUAGACCUACUUAUAUCGAUUACAAUUUGUGUCUAAUUUCCAUGAUGAAUUAAAAUAUGUAAUUUCAUUACUAUGAAUCUGAAUGAAAAUCAAAUUCAUUCUUGAUGUUUCUUCUUACUUUAGUUGCAUGUGUAUUUCACCUAUGUUCCAUUUAUAAAAAAUUAUGCGACCAUUUAGUACAAUUUAACAAGGUAGCUAGGCCAGCCUUGCAUGAUUAUGAACAGCUUCUCAAUGG